UGUACUGUUUGGGUACCGGUCUUCCGGUUAUCAUAGGAUUAGCUCGAGUACCACACCACGCAUUAUCUGUAGCGUCGCAGCAGUCUCAAGCACUCAAGCUGUCUGGGUCGAAUCAGUAGCACAUUUAGAGGAAACCUUCACAUCGUGGCUGGUCAAUCGAACGGUAGGACUUUCAAGGAACGCACCACGCAAUUGAACGAGAUGAGGAUCGCCUUAGCUUCGCCGUGUACGAUCCUGCUAGCUGCUGCUACCACACUGCUGUGCUUCCCGCUCGCAUACGGCUUGGAGUGUUAUACCUGCAGUACCGAUAGCAGUGAUGUAGAUUGUGACAAUCUUGCCGUGCUGGAGAAAACUUCCUGCCAACCAUUCAGCGCCACCAAUCAUCCAGUGCAACCGGUCUGUGGCUACAAACGUCUCCUUCCAACUGCCAGCGAAGCGCCGCAACGUAUCUGGCGUGGCUGUGCCGUUAGUGGCGAGUGUGCCCUACUGUCCCGGCAGGGUAAUGAGGCGUUCAGCUCGGCGUUUCGAAUGUCCGCCUGCGAGGAGUGCGAAGAGGAUGAUUGCAAUGGACCAAAAAGUGGCACCACAAGGUCCCAAACAUGCUGGUGGACCGUGGGUCUGUUAAUUGCGGUAAAACUGAUAUCAACGAAGGGGUGGGUAUGAACAGUGAAUAAAAUGAAGCGCUAUCUUAGAAGAA